ACAAACACAGAGAACACAGCCAUAAACACAUAAACACUCGGUUUCGGUUCAUGCGGGAACAAGGUCCUCUCGAUUCAGAUCACCCACAAAGCAACACAAACUCCCUCUGUCAAAUCCAGCAUAACCCACGUCAAAUCCUUUCGAAUCUCACCGACCCAUUUCAUUUUCGCACCGGUUUUCCUCCUUCCUCACCGAUCGUUGUUGCUGCAAUACCCACCUUUGCCAACAGCUCCAUCCAUUCCCUUGAGCUUAUUUGUUCUCCGUCCCACCCUUUUCCACACUGCGUCUUCUUCUUCUUAAUGCAGAGAGUGAUUGCCAUGGAAUGGACGUAAAUUUGGGAGGUGCAGGCGUGGUGAUAGCAUGCAGGGUGUGAGCGUGUGAGAGUAGUUCGUGUGAGCGUGCAAGAAAAUUAAGGAGCAUGUCGAAUCAGGUGGUGAAGGUGAGGAGGAACACGAUUGUAGCAUGCAUGACUUGCCCACUCUGCAACAAGCUGUUCAGAGAAGCCACAACCAUAUCUGAAUGUCUUCACACGUUUUGCAGGAAGUGCAUUUAUGAUAAAAUUACUGAUGAGGAAUUGGAAAGUUGUCCAAUAUGUGGCAUUGAUUUGGGUUGUGUUCCACUCGAGAAACUGAGGCCAGACCACAGUUUGCAAGAUGUGAGGGCCAAAGUUUUCCCCUUGAAGGGAAGAAAGGUGAAGGCACCUGAAAUUGUGACCUCAAUACCAUUACCAGCUAGGAGAAAGGAGAGAUCUCUUUCGUCUUUGGUGGUGAACACUCCAAGGGUAUCUACACAGGCAACAAUGACAGGAAGAAGAACAAAACCUUCAAGAAAGGCUAGUGGUCUGCGGUCCACUAGUUUUUCCUUUGAAAAGUCCAUUAAAAAAGAGGAAGAAUUACUGGAAGAUCAUCUUGAGAGUUCAAGCUCACCAGAAAAUUCAAAUAAGUUUGCUCAGAAUUCCGGACAGAGUAUGUCCCCUUGUGAGGGUAGUCAAUCUGCACCCAAUAAAGGAUCGGAGAAUGGUGGCGAACCAUGGGAUGCAAAAAUGGAUCUUUGGAAGCCUUUGAAUUGUUUAGUAGAGGUGGCAAGUAGGAGUAAAUCUUUCAAGUCUCAUGUGCAAGGGUUUGAUGCUAAAUUAGAAACCACUCAAGUAAGUGAGAGUGACUCUCAGAUGCAGAAAACUAAAAAUAAGGAAAAUAAACGCAAGGCAAAAGUUGAGGAUGAAAAGAUUAGCCCUUAUCCUGCCUCUUCAGAUACAGCAAAACCCAAUAAAUUGCGCAGAAUGCGCAAGAAGAAGGAGCCUGCUUCUGGAGAAUCAAGCAUAUCACCCCAAGCUGUGCUUGAUUCUGCCAGUAGUAAUAGACUCUCUAGGACUGGUCCAAUCUGGUUCUCCUUGGUAGCUUCAGAAAACCAGGGAGGAGAUGCACCGUUGCCACAAAUUCCUGCAAGUUAUGUGAGAAUCAAGGAUGGUAGCGUACCAGUCUCAUUCAUCCAAAAAUACCUAAUGAAGAAACUGGACUUGACUAGUGAAACAGAGGUUGAGAUUAAAUGCAUGGGACAAUCAGUGCUCCCCACAUUGCGUCUAUAUAAUUUGGUUGAGUUGUGGUUGGAUACAGCAUCGACGUCACAGAGAAUUCCAGCAACUAUUGGUUCAUCAGCAAAGGAUUUUGUCAUGGUAUUGGCUUAUGCUCGGAAGGUUCCUCACCCAUGAUUCGUACUCCGAAAAUGUUCUUCAUAGCAUAGUCACUUCACUUACCAUCACCACCGUGGAGGACAUGAUUAGAUUGGCCACAUAAAUUAUAAAGCAAAAUUUUCUCCAUUAAAACAUACCCUUCUUCUGUUCAUUAAUGUAGGCAUUCUGAUCUGGUAGUUAUUUUAAUGUUCAUUAGAUCUUCAUUUUUCAAGACCAUUUUUUUAAAAAACAAUCGCUUUACUCCAAUAAUUUGGAGGGCACAUGUGACUUAGACAUAAGAAGCCAUGCCUGGUUAGAACUUAGAAGAGAUGCUUUGUUGAGAAUUUCACAUUCGAAUGAAGAGGAUUUUUGUUUUACUUUUUUAUCCCUUAUUCUUUUUGUUUGUUCUCCAAUCACCAACCGUAGAAACUGCAAACACUAUGUAUGUAUGUAUGUAAUCUUGACAUCGUAUUUCAUUGGUUCUA